AUGAUGAUGAUCUAGGUUUCACAAUGCAAUGGAGAUAAUGAAAAUGAAAUUAUUGAUAUUCUUGAUUUUCAAGAGAGAUCCUCUCAUUACGAUAGACUUAAACAAAAGUUACCUAAAAUUAGACUUGAUAUGUUUCAUCAAGAAAUUAUCAAAAAGGAGAAGAAUCACUCAAUUAGUUUUAGAGAUGAAGUUCAACCAAAUUAUGGGCUAGUUGAUAUUGUGCUAGUAGAAAAUUGGAAAGAUUAUAAUAUUAUACUAGAUGAUGAUGCUAGAGAUAACUGUUCUUGCAAUAUCUCAUGA